UCUAUGAUGUCAUUAUCUGACCUCUGUGACCUAUGAUGCCACAGAGCACUGCUUCCAGGGAAUGAGCCCCUCAGCUCCCACUGGGGGCGGCAACGCCGCCCCUUAGGCAAAGCUUCCGUCUCUUGGAGCCUUUUACCAGCUGACCCUACUGUUGCUGCCCCUGGGUCUGACAAUCAUCUCAGCCAAGGCCAGGCUGAGCGAGAGGGACACCACUCUGAAGGGUGACAAGAGGCCAGGGGAGCCAGUAUGCCAGGAAAUCAGGAUGCUUACAAAGUCUGUGUGUCAGGGUUAGAAGGGCAAAACCCUGUUCCACAGAAGAGCUCUGGUUGAAAAAAAAAGGACGGAGGGUACCACUCAGACUGGAAUUGUGGGUCAGAGUCUGUUUAAGGGGUCAGAGGCUGGAGGCAGAGGGGGUAGAUGGACUGUUGUGUGACUCUGCUUUCUCUCCCAGGUCCCCUAUUUGAAGAAGUGUCUUUGGAAACAGCGGAAGGAAUCCACGUUGGUAAAAGUCACUGCCCAGUAUUCUCCAUUCCUUUCCCGUCUUGGUCCCUACGCCCUAAGCCGCCUCUUUUGACGCUAUCCUAUGCUCUAUCUUUCCAAUCUCCUCCACUUCUUCACCUUCUCUAGAGCAUCUUGCCAGGUUUUCUGACCUCAAAGGUGACACACAGCUAGUGUCUUUGUUGUUAUUUUGAGACAGAUUCACGUAACCUAGGCUGGCCUUGAUCUCCUUGUGUCCCUGCUGGGAUUAGAGGCUCGUGCCAGCAUGCCACGACUAUGUGGUGUUGGGGAUCAACCCCAGGACUUUAUGCAUGCUAGGCUGAGCCACACCCAGAGAUCUCACACCUAGGGGCUUGAUGCGUUCACACUGGCACCGUGCACUUGAAGCCGAGUCCAGAAGUGGACCAACCCUUCCACUGUCUUGACCUCUGUCUUUUUCUCUGCAGGUCCUCCGGACUGUGUCUUCCUCCGGAUUCUACCCACGUAGUUGCAGUUGUCCCUUGGCUCCCAAGGGACAGCUCUCAUUCCCCAUUUCCCUACGUCCCUGGCGAAUGGCAAAGAAAAAUUGAAGAGCCAAGCUUAGAGGCAGGCUCCGGGCGGAGCACGUCAGAGUCAAGCGGAAGAGGCGUCGUGCUCCCUUGGCCUGCUGCUGACGCCCGCAGCAAAACUAAGCAGCAGCCACGCUGCUGAUCACCAGCCACAACUGGCCUCAGAGAUCCCCACACUGACUCUGUUAGGUCUCUACUCACUGGUCUUGUUGCCCCACCCACUUUUUUUUCCCGGAUUCGAGGCAAUGUUGCCUCAAAACAAGGACCACCAGGUGCCGUUACAGAACGCAGUGCCCCCAGGGUGUUCCCCUCAGGUCCUCUCACAAUUUGUGGACUCCCGUCCAUCCAACUUAGCGCCUCUCUCUCCCCAUCUGACCCUCCCUCCUUCCCACCUACCUUUGCCCUCUCCCUCACAGGCCUAUUCCCCCGUCUCCUCGUCGCCCCAGUCCCGCUCUCCUGGGUCUCACUUAUACUCUUCGGACUCCAACUCUGACUUUGUCCCUCUUCCCUCCUCUUCCUCUCUCCCAAGUCCCCCCACUUUCUUUGGCCAAAACUGCUCUCGUCUCCCCUCUCCGCACACAUCCUCUCCCCGCAACUACGGGCUGUGCCUCUCUCCUCCCCUUAGCAGCUCCUCUUCUCUUUCCCAGCUGCAGAAUUCCUCUCCUGGCUCUUGCCAGUCUCCUUCCCACCUCCAGGACCUUCCCAAUUCCACCAGGGUCACUUCCCCCAGCCCCAGCGUACCUUCUCCAGGGAUUCCCAGUCACAAACAAACAUGGCAGGGGCCUCCAUCCGGAAACACCAGGUCCCCUGGGGCGGCAGAGGGAUGCAUGGCAAGCAAGUUGGACCCUGCAGAAUUCCAGGACCCAGAGGCCCUCGCCCAAGCGCUAGCGCUCCUUGUGGGGCGCCGCAGAAUUGCCCGAGACCUGAAGAUACUGUUUCUGCAGCACCUCUGGCUAGGCACAACCGGCCAGCCUCCAGUCGUGGAGUACCCCAUUUGUCUAGCGUGCCUCCAGCCCCGCACCCCGUCUUGCCCCACCCCCAAGCACAAGACUGAGCCGAGGCUGCUUGCCUUCCCUCAACUACUGCCCCGUGCCGAGGGCCAGGAAUCUGGGCCUCUCCGCUUAGGCAUUGGCUUCAGCCUCCGCUUGCCUCCGCGCCAGGCCAAAGCCUUGCAUCUGCUCCCAGAAAAAAAGCGGCAGGGAGCAAGGCGUCCCAGAGAGGUCCUCCGGAGCCAAAGGCCUGCACCCCAGGUACCAGCAGCUCAAGUCACAGGCACACUCUCCCGGGAGGAGAGCCUCAGGUCUGCAGGCCUCCAAUCAACAAAAUCCAACCAGUGUUUCAGGUCUUCACCUCAGGCACCAAGACGGGUCACUGUCUCCCCAAAGCCCGGGUCGUGUCCUGUCCCAAGGAGGUCUGUGUCUCCAGAAUCUAUUCCCCAAAAGUUGCCAUUUUAAUUCCAGAGCAACGGAGACCCUCUGGAACACCCCCUUCAAACCCCACCCUCUCUACCAGGACUUCUCAGACCUUGGGAAGUCACAGAAACACCUUGAAGGGCUGGCUGGACGGAGGCCAGGUGUGUUCUCCUGCCUUGAACCCUGGGAACCCCUUGUGGAACCUGCUCUCCCCUGGUUGAAGAGGACCAGAGGCACCCAAGGCCCUCCUCAUUCAGCCUUCAGUGGAGCCAAUAAAGCCUAACUAACCCUGAGAACCUUGUUUGUGUCCUACUGUGCUCACAGGAUGGGAUCAAUGGCUAAAGGAGAAGGCCAGUCCCCAACAAGGCUGGACAAGGACACCAAGUGCCAUAUACCCCGGUUCCUGAGGUGCUUAGGGACCUCUGCAAGGCCCUUCUCGGAUUUCAUUCAAGUCUGUGGACAGAUCAUUGCAAUCAGAGAUUAGGCCACUGGGCCCAUUCCUCAGGGGAUAGCCUGGGUUGACACGCAGCAGCCCACUUUUAAAGACACUGCUAGUAACUCAUUCACAGGGGAACACAGGAAUCCAUGCACAGACCAGAAGGCUCCCUCAGAAGGACGAGGUGCGGGGUUGGGGUGGGGGGAACUGGAGAGAUGGCUGGAGUGGUUAAGAGCACUAGCUGCCCUUCCAGGGGAUUCAGGUUCAAUUACCAGCACCCACAUAGCAGCUCACAACUGUAACCCCAGUUCCAGGGAAUCCAACGCCCUCUUCUGGUUUCAGUGGGCACCUGCAAGAAGCACGCGCGCACUCACGCUCACACACACACACACACACACACCACGCAUGCAUGCACAAGAGAGACAGAGGUAGAGUAAAAUAAAACAACUCUAAGAAGGAGUGGGAGUGAGGUACCAGGCACAGAACACAGAAGGCACCUGCCGAGGAGCAACCGCCACCCCUAACUUCUCUGUUCCAGAAGCGGGUGUCAAGCCACGAGAAAGAGCCCAAUCAGCUGCGGAGGAUGCUAUCAAAGCGGGGGGGGGGGGGUGAUUUCUUCAUAUUAGGAUAUUAGGAAGCGGUGGAUCUGAUUUAAAGCCAGCUUUGUUUUGGAGUCCCUGCCCUCGCUGUGCCCUGGGAGAAACCACUUCCUCUCCGGAGUAACACAUUAAAGGUCCCGGCCUCUACGAGUCCCUGCAUCCCUCCUGCAGUGGGGACCGUCCCAAUUCGAGAACCUUUUAAUUCAAGGUUUACUGAUCUUCAGCAAUCCCUUCCAGCCCCACGCCCCACACAAAGAUGGCAGAUCCGCCGUCAUUCGGGGCUCGGAACCGGAUCCGAUGCCAGGGUUCCGUGGCAGCACGUCCCGCUCGCUCUAGUGCUGACG